AUGUGUCUCUAUUUUGGCAUACAUGCUCUUCUUAUAAUGACUGUUACCCUGAGUCCAGCAACUGCCACAGCACAAAGUGAAGAAGAUGCCACUGGAGAAGCUGUUUAUCCUCCUCUGUGGGACCUCGCCCCUGAAAAGCUGAUGGAUUUCCCAGUAAAGAACAACAAAAUUAUCAUCAAUGCUUGGAACUAUCAAGAACGACUGGGAGUGUAUAAGAACUUACUAAACUCUUCAGCCAAAUAUUUUACUGCCUUUGGAUCCCAAAAUUCUGGCAAUAUUCUCUGGGGAUUACCGUUGCAGCAUGGGUGGCAAUUUCGUACAGGCAGAUUAGCAGAUCCUUCCCAUGUGACUUCCUGUGGUUAUGAAGGUGAAGACCUCCUGUGCAUAUCUGUAAGAAGCUGGUGGUCCUGUAUUAAUUACUAUCUGGCUGUCAUACCCUUUCUGGGGGCAGUGGAGGCUGGCCUCUUUGGGCAGCUGCAGUAUGAGAUAGAAAUAUUGCCACCAGAGAAGAGAAGAGCUGAUUUCUGCUAUAGUGUUGCCAACUGCCGGUCUCGCAUACCCAAGCUCAUGGAUGACUGGAAGGCCUAUUUUGAAUAUCUGAUAUCUACAGAAUACAAAGCCAUGAGCCCUGCAACCUCCUCCUUCAAACUGGAUCAUGCCCUUCACCUCAUGUGGAAGGCACACAUCGCCUCCAUUGCUUACGCGUUGCCCAAGUUCCAGGACAGAUUAAAAUAUCUCUCUGAUCCAGAAGCAAAUUUUGGUGAAGCCUGGGCUGAUUCUGUAGAUUUCAUUGCAGCCACACACUUCACUACAGAUUUACUGACCACAAAUAACUUCCAAGCUUUCCUGCCCCAGAGGAUGCUCGUUGAAGGAGAUGUCGUCCCAUCCAUUAGUGACUUCAGUCCACAGCAAAACAGAGUCCUGCUUUCAAUGAGCACUCUUCACAAAGCUAAUCAAUUAACAGGAGGACUGCUGCUGAAGCUCUGGCAAAAGGUAAUGUCUACUGAAGCAAGAAGAAAAAUGGGCCGCAAACUGAUUGAAUGCUUGGUUUCCGGCAAGAAGUUUGACCCAGUGGAAAUAUAUAAUGAUUUGAAAGAAGCGGACUUGACAGUGCCCCGUUUCUUGAGAAAAAACAGUUCCAACAUUGAUUGA